GAUGGUGGUGAUGAUGAUCAUGGUGAUGAUCAUGGUAAUGAUGAUGGUAGUGAUGGUAAUAACGAUGGCGGUUUUAAAGUGUCGUUUCAUGAUAUUUAAAACUUGACAUAUACAUCUGUAAAACUUGACAUAUACAUCUGUAAAACUUGACAUAUACAUCUGUAUAAAUAUAUUUAGUGAUACUAAUAUCUAUUCAUCUAGCUCAAGUCGUAAUACCUCCCAAUUACAACGAAGCAAAAGAAAUCCCGAAGAUGAAGGACAAAUGUAGCAGCGAAGCGGACCACAAGGUACAAACUAUAAUCAAGUUCUCAAAUCUCGUUCUUGGGUAAUAUUCACCCUGGGCCAACUUCCUAAACCGAAAAGAAAAUUCGUCUUGUGUUAUAGGUAACAAAGAAAACAGAUUUUAAUGCCCUGUUUUCUGGAAUGAAUCUUUCUGCUGGAGCGAGGUCUGAUUUUGCCGUUUAUCGUAAGUUGGUAGAACCUACCGAGCCAUUAAUAGAUAUUGAAAAUACAACAGCUAGUACAUUGCUUGAGAACUCAGACUUUUCGACAACGCCUCAUACGAAUGAAAGCAACUCAGAACAAAAUCCGACCGAAAAUGAUAAACAGACAAAUGGAAAAGCGAGUAACUUACUUUCUUCUAAACACACCAAUAGCGAAGUACAUGCAAACCAAUUUACUUCGACAUCGAGUUCUGAGACUCAAAAUUCUAAUAAUUUUGACCUAAUGAGUUUAGAAACAUCAGACACAAGUAUUCUUGACUUUUCGACACCGUUACAAAACAGCAACUUGUCUUCACUUGAGAGUAAUGAGCUCAAAUCAAACUUAAAUGUACACGACAUUGGACAAGAACCUGACAAGAGGACGCUUAGACAAGAAGGAAUGCUUUUAUUUAACCCAAGAGAGACUACGGCCCGUCCUGGCGUUUCAGGGACAAAUAAUGUCGAUUUAUUGAACUGGAAACAGUCAAACUCUACUUCAAGUUCAAGCCGUACCAAUUCAACACAAAAUAUCGAACUAUUAAACACUGAACCACAAAAUCCCAAUCCUCCAAAAAGCCUACCACAAAAAGCAAGUCAUAUAAACCCUAACAGAACAGUUCAAUGUAUUCCCCAGAAUCAAAACAGCGAUUUACUGAGCUUUCAGCCUGAGCCGCGCUCUCAAACUCUUCCGGGAGGCUUGGUACUGGCUACAAACAGUUCGUCCGCGAGUCCAAGGCGACCGUUCCCGAAAGACAUGAAAUCGGAAACUGACGGGUUUGAUUUUAUUCGCAAAUCAACGAAGGCCGAUGCGUUUAGUUUUAUAAACGAUGAAAUACAAGCGAGCAAAACUAAACAAAAAUAGGCCCUAAUCCGUAUCUUGUAAAGAUCGGACUAUUUUGAAUUAUAAAAUACACAAUGAUAACAUUUAUACUAAUUAUACAGUACAUAAAAUAGUAUUAUAAAUACAGUAGUCAGUAUUGUAAAAAGGAAGCAGUAUAAAUUUUUGACAAAAUUUUGUAUAGACUAUAGAUGAGCAAGUCUUGCUUGACAAGUUUUAAUUGCUCGUGUGUAGCCUGUGUAGGGCAAAAAAUUGACAAUUUUUCUUUGGCAAAGAGCCUUAUUCCAAAGCUAUAGGCAUGCCAGCUUUUGGUCAAGGAAAAUUUCGGUUCGUGUGUACGGCCGCCAAAGUGUACAAGAAAUACCUCUAUGAUUUUGACAAACAAAUGGCGGUCUUGACACACAAACAACAGAACUUGUCAAGGGGAAUUUGUCAAGGAAAACUUGUUGACUGUACACACGAGAAGGUAAACUUGUCAAGGAAGACUUGUUCUUCUAUACGCGUAAAAUUUGUAAUAAUAUAAUUUUAAAUUCCUGAAGCUGCAAUUCUCAGUGUGAAAAUAAAUUUUAUGAAUUUUAAAGGUU